AAUAUCGCUCUGGAGCGCUUCCGCUAUGGGGACCAAAGAGAAAUGGAAUUUCCUUCUUCUUUGACCAGUACUGAAAGAGCCUUUAUUCAUCGAUUGAGUCAGUCUCUUGGUUUGGUCUCUAAAAGUAAAGGAAAGGGAGCAAAUAGAUACCUAACUGUGAAGAAGAAAGAUGGAUCAGAAACAGCUCAUGCAAUGAUGACCUGUAAUUUGACUCAUAAUACAAAACAUGCUGUUAGGAGCCUAAUUCAAAGAUUUCCUGUCACCAAUAAAGAACGUACUGAACUUCUGCCUAAAACAGAAAGAGGAAAUGUGUUUGCAGUUGAAGCUGAAAACCGGGAAAUGAGCAAGACAAGUGGACGACUUAACAAUGGCAUACCUCAGAUUCCAGUGAAAAGAGGAGAAUCUGAAUUUGAUUCUUUCAGGCAAUCUCUGCCAGUGUUUGAGAAACAAGAAGAAAUUGUUAAAAUAAUUAAGGAAAAUAAAGUAGUUCUAAUUGUAGGAGAAACUGGGUCUGGCAAGACUACACAGAUUCCUCAGUUCCUUUUAGAUGAUUGUUUUAAGAAUGGUAUUCCUUGCCGUAUAUUUUGCACUCAACCCAGACGACUAGCAGCUAUUGCUGUGGCUGAAAGAGUUGCGGCAGAAAGAAGAGAAAGAAUUGGUCAAACCAUCGGGUAUCAGAUCCGUUUAGAAAGCAGGGUUUCUCCAAAGACACUUCUGACAUUUUGUACUAAUGGAGUAUUGCUUCGUACAUUGAUGGCAGGAGAUAGUACAUUGUCAACUGUGACACAUGUUAUUGUGGAUGAAGUACAUGAAAGGGAUCGAUUUAGUGACUUUUUACUCACAAAGUUAAGAGACUUGUUGCAGAAGCACCCAACUUUGAAACUAAUUCUUUCUAGUGCUGCCUUGGAUGUAAAUCUUUUUAUAAGAUACUUUGGAAGUUGUCCAGUGAUAUAUAUACAGGGAAGACCAUUUGAAGUGAAAGAAAUGUUUCUGGAAGACAUUUUAAGAACUACUGGCUACACAAACAAGGAAAUGUUAAAAUAUAAAAAGGAAAAACAGCGAGAAGAGAAACAACAAAGCACACUUACUGAAUGGUACACAGCUCAAGAGAAUGCUUUCAAGCCUGAAACCCAAAGGCAGAGAACUGUACCAAAUGUGACUGAAGAGUAUGAUUUAUUGGAUGAUGGUGGUGACGCAGUAUUCAGUCAAUUGACAGAAAAAGAUGUGAAUUGCCUUGAACCAUGGUUAGUAAAGGAAAUGGAUGCUUGCCUUUCUGACAUAUGGCUACAUAAAGACGUUGAUGCCUUUGCUCAGGUUUUUCAUCUUAUUUUAACUGAAAAUGUUAGUGUUGAUUACAGGCACAGUGAAACCAGUGCCACAGCUCUGAUGGUUGCUGCAGGACGAGGGUUUUCAAGUCAGGUAGAGCAGUUAAUCAGCAUGGGAGCCAAUGUCCACAGCAAAGCAUCAAAUGGCUGGUUGGCAUUGGAUUGGGCUAAACACUUUGGGCAGUCUGAAAUUGUGGAUCUUCUAGAAUCUUACAGUGCUUCAUUGGAAUUUGGAAAUCUAGAUGAAAGUUCUUUGGUUCAAACAAGUGGAAGUGACCUCAGUGUGGAAGACAGAGAACUCCUGAAAGCUUAUCAUCAUAGUUUUGAUGAUGAAAAAGUAGACUUGGAUUUGAUCAUGCACCUUCUGUACAAUAUCUGCCAUAGUUGUGAUUCUGGUGCAAUAUUAAUUUUCCUACCUGGGUAUGAUGAAAUUGUUGGAUUGAGAGAUCGAAUACUGUUUGAUGAUAAGCGUUUUGCUGACAAUACACAUAGAUACCAAGUGUUUAUGCUUCAUUCAAAUAUGCAAACAUCUGACCAAAAGAAAGUUUUAAAAAAUCCACCUGCAGGUGUUCGAAAAAUAAUUCUUUCCACCAAUAUUGCUGAAACCAGUAUCACAGUCAAUGAUGUGGUCUUUGUUAUUGAUUCUGGCAAGGUGAAAGAGAAAUCCUUUGAUGCAUUGAAUUUUGUUACAAUGCUAAAAAUGGUAUGGAUUUCCAAAGCUAGUGCCAUACAACGAAAAGGCAGGGCCGGGCGAUGCAGACCUGGAAUUUGUUUUCGGCUAUUUAGUAAACUCCGAUUCCAGAAUAUGUUGGAAUUUCAGACUCCAGAACUCUUGAGAAUGCCAUUACAGGAACUUUGUUUGCAUACCAAGCUGUUAGCCCCAGUUAAUUGUCCUAUUGCUGACUUCCUUAUGAAAGCCCCUGAGCCUCCACCAGCUUUAAUUGUAAGAAAUGCUGUACAGAUGCUUAAGACAAUAGAUGCAAUGGAUGCAUGGGAAGAUCUCACUGAACUUGGAUAUCAUUUGGCUGAUUUGCCAGUAGAACCCCAUCUUGGCAAAAUGGUCCUGUGUGCUGUGGUGUUAAAGUGUCUGGACCCAAUUCUUACGAUUGCCUGCACACUAGCCUAUCGAGAUCCUUUUGUCUUACCUACUCAGGCCUCUCAGAAACGUGCAGCUAUGCUUUGCAGGAAACGUUUCACGGCAGGAACUUUCAGUGACCAUAUGGCACUUCUGAGAGCAUUCCAGGCAUGGCAGAAAGCACGAAGCGAUGGUUGGGAACGAGCCUUUUGUGAAAAGAAUUUUCUUUCACAAGCUACCAUGGAAAUAAUCAUAGGCAUGAGAACUCAGUUGCUUGGUCAGCUGAGAGCAUCAGGUUUUGUUAGAGCACGAGGUGGUGGUGAUAUUCGAGAUGUUAACACAAAUUCCGAGAACUGGGCUGUUGUUAAAGCUGCAUUGGUGGCAGGCAUGUAUCCUAACUUAGUCCAUGUGGACAGAGAAAAUGUAGUAUUGACAGGGCCAAAGGAGAAAAAAGUACGAUUUCAUCCCACAUCAGUUCUCAGUCAGCCUCAAUAUAAAAAGAUUCCUCCAGCUAAUGGUCAAGCUGCAGCUAUUCAGGCACUGCCCACAGAUUGGCUUAUUUAUGAUGAAAUGACCCGAGCUCAUAGAAUAGCUAAUAUUAGAUGUUGUUCAGCAGUGACACCUGUCACUGUAUUGGUGUUUUGUGGACCAGCCAGGCUGGCAAGUAAUGCUCUUCAAGAACCUUCAUCAUUCAGAGCUGAUGGGAUUCCUAAUGACAGUAGUGAUAGUGAAAUGGAAGAUAGAAGUACUGCUAAUUUGGCAGCUUUGAAACUUGAUGAGUGGUUCAAUUUCAAACUAGAGCCAGAGGCAGCCAGUUUAUUGCUGCAGCUCAGACAGAAGUGGCAUAGCUUAUUUUUACGCCGAAUGAGAGCUCCAUCCAAACCUUGGUCUCAAGUUGAUGAAGCCACCAUAAGAGCAAUUAUAGCUGUGUUAAGCACUGAAGAACAGUCUGCAGGUUUACAACAACCAUCUGGGAUUGGCCAAAGGCCAAGGCCUAUGUCUUCAGAAGAACUUCCUUUGGCAUCAUCUUGGAGGUCAAAUAAUAGUAGGAAAACUUCAGCAGAUACUGAAUUUUCUGAUGAGUCUGCUACUGCAGAAAGAGUAUUGAUGAAAUCGCCAUCUCCAGCACUACACCCGCCUCAAAAGUUCAAAGAUAGAGGAAUUCUACACCCUAAACGAAGCACUGAUGAUCGAUCAGAUCAGUCUUCUGUGAAGUCUACAGACAGCAGUAGUUACCCAAGUCCUUGUGCCAGUCCUUCUCCUCCAUCCUCAGGAAAGGGCUCAAAAUCUCCUUCACCAAGGCCAAACAUGCCUAUUCGAUACUUUAUAAUGAAGAGUAGCAAUUUGAGAAACCUUGAAAUUUCUCAGCAGAAGGGUAUCUGGUCUACAACGCCUAGUAAUGAGCGGAAACUAAAUCGUGCCUUUUGGGAAAGCAGCAUGGUUUACUUGGUAUUUUCUGUUCAAGGAUCUGGCCAUUUCCAGGGAUUUUCUAGGAUGUCUUCUGAGAUAGGAAGAGAGAAGAGCCAGGACUGGGGUUCAGCUGGAUUAGGAGGAGUAUUUAAGGUGGAGUGGAUACGAAAAGAAAGUCUUCCUUUUCAGUUUGCACACCAUCUGCUCAAUCCCUGGAAUGACAACAAGAAAGUUCAGAUUAGCAGAGAUGGGCAGGAACUUGAACCUCAGGUUGGUGAGCAGUUGCUCCAGUUAUGGGAACGUCUUCCAUUGGGAGAAAAAAGCACAACUGAUUGACCCUCAGAACCCUUCCUUAUGGAAGAACAUCAUACCUAUUUAUAACUUCUGAAUGCACUGACUUCCACAAACUGAGAAGGGGUUGUGUUUAUAGUAUGCUGUUCUGAUUUAGACUGUUCUUUAGAGGCAUUAUCUUCAUAUGAAGAGAAAAAGAUAAUUUAAAAUUUUAUAGUAAUCAUAGGAAAUGAUUGUGUAAUAUUUGUUAUUGUAUGUUUAUAAUUGAAUAAAAUAAUUUCUUUUUUUUGACAAAGCAGCAGUUAUUUUAAACAUGCUUAAUUUGAAGUGAAGCAUUUCAUUUGUUUAAAACGCUGACUUAAUACUCUUAUUGGUGAUUUUAUUUAAAAGCAAAGUCAAUUGUUCAUUCUUCAGAAAGACUUGAAUAUGUCAGUACAUCCGAUCACCGUUAAGAUGUAUGAGAACAAACAAGCAAGUAAAACAAACAGAUUCCAAACAGGUCCCUUUUAAAGAUUGUAUGUGCUGAUUAAGAAAGUUCAUUUUGUGAUUACGAAAUGCAGUAAAAUCUGAAGAAAAGUGGAGUUCCUCCCUGUUUUUGAUAGGCUCUGUGGGUGCUUAGUCACAGUCCUAGUCCUUCCCAGUCUAACUUGGUGUUUAUCACGCCCUUUCCUUCCUGUCUCCCAGCCUUCACCUGACUCCUCAGGUGAUUAUGACCUGUUUGUUUUGGCUAGGGAAAGUGGAUUUGGACAAUUUAAGUAUUUACACAAGUUAUGCAAGUUUUAAAAAUAACUCUGUAAACUUAGUGGUUUAGUAGUUAGGUCUUCAAAACAAAAGCCCACAGGCACCACAUUUUUAAUGUUUUCUAUUUAUUUUUAUAGCACUUUUCAUUUGUGUAUUUAUGGUUUAAUAAUGGGGGGGGUAACGUUUUUUAAUCCUGUCUUAGUACCCACUCUAGUAAGUCUUUGCCAUCUCAGAAUUAUUCGAUCUCUCUUUUUUCACCAUGUGUAAAGCAUUUCCAUAGAGACUUCCUGGAGAAAACUAGAAGUGUAAGGGAAAAUCAAAGAAAUACCUUGGUUACUGAGCUCUAGCACUUACAAUACCUUUUGGUCAUAAUCUAUUUGCAAGACAAGACAAAAGUCUAAUAAGUCCUCUGUUUUUAUACAGUGGCCAUUGUAUUGAACAUAAAGAAAAAGCUUGGGUCAUCAUAAAAUCUUGACAAUGCUUCUACUUUUUCUGGGAAAGUACCGUAGGUACAUUAGUUCAAAAUAUCAGUUAUAAGUUUUGCCUUUAUUUGUAUUUGUCGGGUUUUUCAUUUUGUUUUAUACUUCAAAAUAUACCUAUAAAAUUACACCUUUGUGAAUUAUGUUCCAGUGUAUGUUUAUCAGAGUUACUUUCCUAUUAACACAACUUGUUUUUCUGAUAAUGGAGACUUCAUUUAGAUAAGUGUUUACCAGUUACAGUGUACUAAAUUUGAAAGUAAGGACUUAAAAAAAAAAACUUGUUUUCCAUUCAUUUUCUAAUAGCCAACCCUGUAUGAAAAUGAUGAGUUUGGUGGUAUUUAAAAUGAACACAUUUUGAAUGUAAUUAAAAUGCUAU